AUGCCGUUGCUGGACACCUCCGUCGAGCCUCCAAAUCUGUUUCCAACAGGGUUCCCCAUCAGGCAGUCGCUGCUCGUGCUGCUCAACAUCCUGCCCGAGGUCAUGAUUCACCAUAUGCUUGUCCCGCUCUUCCCGUUCAUGACCAUGACCUUGAUGAGCCGCUCCGACGACAUCGCCGGAGUAUCCGCGGCAAAGUCAAACUACGCGUACUACGCGGGUCUGCUCCAGUCAGCAUACUUCUUUCCGUCCAUCUUCAUGACUGUCGUCUGGGGAUGCAUCUCUGACCGUGCCGGACGAAAGCCGGUGCUGCUUUGUGGCGUGGUGGGCUAUGGCCUUGGCGCGAUGCUGCUGGGCAUGUCCACCGACUACGGGGUUGCGAUGCUGGCCCUGAUCGUCUGCGGCCUGUUCGCUGCAAACGCCGCUGUGGCCAAAUGCAUGAUGGGCGAGCUUUCCCUGACAGACGAGGCCCGCGCCUUUGGGUACUCGGUCUAUGGAGUCGCGUAUGGGGCCGCUGGCAUCGUCGGAUCGGCGCUUGGGGGCCUCCUCGGCGACCCGGCCCUCUUUGCCGGCAGCUCCUUUCUGCAGCAACGCCCCUACUUUGCCGCAUGUGCCCUUGGCGUCGUCCUGGCCGUCGCCGCCGCGUCCUCCAACUGCCUCUUCCUGAAGGAGACGAUCAAUGCAACCUGGACAUACGAUUCGGCCGUGCCGUCGACGCAAGAAGCGCUCCAACGAAGACCGGCUUCCAGCAGCCUCGUCGUGUUCGAUGGCGACGCCGCUUCCGAGAACGGGCUCGGCUGCUCGUGCAAGAGUCAUGGACGAGUGCAGUUGCCGAUUCCCACACCAAUUCCCGUCCCCGUUCCCACGGCCGUGCCGGGAGGCAACGGCUGUAGAUCGCUCAAGAACACCAUCAAGUUCGUGGUGCUGCGUCUGAUCAGAGUGGCCCGACGGCUCUCGAUGGUCAUCGGCUCCCUGCUCGCCUCCAGACCCGGGGCCAUCGUCGGCCCAACGGUUCCGGUGAUCCUGUACGCGACCUAUGCGCUCUGCAACAGCAUCUAUGGCACUUCGCUCCCGGUCCUAAUCGCAGCUGCCCCUCACCAAGGUGGGUUCGGCCUGGGCCCUCGCGAAGCGGGCGUCGCCAUGACCACCCUCGGCAUCGCCAAGCUCUGCGCCAAGCUGUUCUUCUACCCGCUGCAGCGGCGAUUCGGGACUCUCUCGGUCUACCAAAUCGGAUGCGCCUUGCUGGUUCCUGCCGCGCUAAUCCCUCCGCUGUUUGGCUCCAGCUCGCUCUGGCCCAGCCUGCUGGUCUCGGCGGUCUUGAUCGGCAUUGGCGAGGGACUGCUCUAUGUCAGUGCCAUCGUCAUGGUCACGCACUUUGCUCGGCCCGAGCAUCUGGGUGCCGUCCACGGCGUUGCGGGGUGCCUGGUCUCGUUGGCUCGCACCCUGGGCCCGUAUGUCGCCGGACUUGCGUGGCAGCGAAGCGCCCUCUCCGGCCAGACCUGGAUUGUGUUUACGUUAGUUUCGCUCUCGGCGUUUGCCGGGCUUGUCCUUGUGCGCAAGAUCGAUACCAAGGCAUCCGAUGCAGGAACCACCGACACCAAAGCCUUUGACAUUUGAUGCAGGGACUAUCGACGCAAAGGCACCCAGCAUUCGAUGUGCGACCCACCGGCGAGAAGACAUCUGAUUUAUGAAGUGCCGACACAACUCAGUAGCCAGAGGUCCAUUCCGAGACCGCCCGAUGGUCCGCAUCAGCCCACAGCGCGACCCCUGAAGCCGACAUCCUAGCAAGUCACCAAACACAACGCAGCGACGAGGAAGCAGUCCGAGGUUGGGGGGAGGGAUGAAGUAGAGAGGCUGCCAGAUACAGCACCC